AUGCAGUCCAUCAGAGACAUGAAGUCCAACUUUAUUGCUCCACCCUCAUCCAUUCCCGGUGGACCCGACGCCUAUCACCAAGGCAACAUCAGGAUGACUCUGGAGGACCCAGAACUCUGGAAGUCUUUCCAUGAAAUUGGAACAGAGAUGAUUAUCACUAAACCGGGCAGGAGAAUGUUUCCACACUGUAAAAUCAACCUUUCUGGGCUGAUGCCUUGUUCCAAGUACAUCUUGCUGGUUGACAUGGUUCCUGUGGAUGGUUUCAGGUAUAAGUGGAAUAAAGAGAAAUGGGAAGUGGCUGGGAAAGCAGAGCCACAGCCCCCUUGCCGGACGUACCUGCAUCCAGACUCUCCAGCCCCUGGGAGCCACUGGAUGAAACAGACCGUGUCCUUCCUCAAGCUCAAGCUUACCAACAACACCCUAGACCAACAUGGCCAUAUAAUUUUGCACUCCAUGCAUCGCUACCACCCGCGCUUCCACAUUGUCCAGGCAGACGACAUGUACAGUGUACGCUGGAGUGUAUUCCAGACCUUUACCUUCCCUGAGACCUCCUUCACCUCCGUCACUGCUUACCAGAACACUAAGAUAACCAAGCUGAAAAUCGACCACAACCCAUUUGCGAAAGGCUUUAGAGACGAAGGAACUAAUACAAAAAGGCGCGCUAACAGAAACCCAGCCUGCCCAGAGAAUAAAGCAAAGAAAAUUGAUUGUCUAAGCAGAGAGUCAGAUGAGGACAGUCCUCCUGACUUCCCCAGGUCAUCAUUUGAAGGAUACGAAGGAGAGCAAGCAGAACUCCCCAAAACCAAAGAGGAGGAAGUGGUGAAAGAGGAACGCUACUCCCCCUGGGGGCCUGAGAGGGAGCAUGGCCACCACGUCCGGACAGAUUCACCCCCUGGACCUGACGCCAGAGAAAUGUACAAUGCAGAGCAGCUAGUACCAGCCCCAGCUUCAUACCAGCCGUACAGGUUCCAUGAAUACGGGAAGUCUCCAUCUCCCUCCUCCAGCGUAGGCAGCAGCAACGGGGGUUCUGGACGCGCCAGCUUUGAGUCCAGAGUCUCUGAUGUAGCCACAGUCCCAGAGCAUGAGGCCUCCAAGCCCUCUACCCAUGAGAUCGGACCAUCUCCCUGUGGCACCCAGCCCUCUGGAGGACAUCACCAGGACUACACAGGGGUGCUCAACAUGGCCCAGGCAGGCAAGCCAGGGGUCCUCAGCCACCACAUUUACACCCCUUACAGCACCGAGCAGACCCUGGGCCAGUGGAGCGGCCCCAGCCCCGUCCAGUACCCUCCCCCUCACCACCUGCCCUCUGACUACAGUACCCCGGCUGUGCACCACGGAUAUCACCAUGGCAAUGUGGCUGAGUGGAGCCAGUACCCACUCUUCUCUUACUCGUGCUGGUGAAAGCAUUUCCUCAGUUUCUCCCAAAAGAGAAGGACUGCAGUCUCACAAGUGACUCAGCGAGACCUCAUAAAUGCUACUAUGCCGUCAUACCUGUGUUUCUUCUGUCCCAAGUCCAACACCACACCCUGACUGCUGAUCCAGAGCUCACGGCCAUACUACAGUAUGCUGGGGCUGAAAGAGAAGGACCUGGGUCAGGAGAAAUGCCAACCAGCAGAGAAUAACAGAGUGGAACAGAGACAAUAUACUUCAGAAUGACUUACCAGAGUAGUGGUGUGGACUGGUUUGAUAUCACAACUGUCUUUAGGCCUAAGGCCUGAAAAAUGUAUGCGUUCCU